AUGGCAGAACCACCAGCAAAAAGAGCGCGCCGAGUCGAUAGCUCGGCAAUGUGGGAUAUGGAUGACCGAAUAACACGUUCCCCUGAGCCGAACUCAGAGAUCGGGAGAAGCCCUCGGCGUGAAGCAUAUUCUAAAGACGAUCGGCGGCGCGAUGGGCCUCGUGACGACAGAAGAUAUCGUUCGCGCUCAAGAGAACGGCCCGAGAGGCGCAGAGAAAGAACUAGGUCUCGCGACCGGCGCGACCGCGACCGCGACCGCGAUAGAAGAGACAGGGAUAGAGAUGGACGAGGACCGAGGGACAGAAGCGUGAGCCGAGAAAGGCAGCAUGAUAGACGAGGAUAUCGAGACAGAUUCCGUGAUCGCUCCCGUUCACCACAUCGCAACGGCCACCGGGAUAGAUCCAGAACGCCGCCUCCACGAGGUCUUAAAGGGGAUCGCAGAGAUGAUCGCAAAGAAAACCGUCCACCUCCUAAUGGAACCUCAAACUCACCGUCGCGACGAUUCAAAGAUGAAAUGGAGCUGGACCCGGAUACAUCGUUUGAAGAUGAUGAUAUGGAGGUCAUGAUGCGCAAAAGCAUGGGAUUCACAAGAUUCCGGAGCACGAAAAACACCAAAGUACCGGGGAAUAACGUCUAUGGUGUGCGGAAGGAGAAGAAGACUGAGUACAGACAGUACAUGAACCGUGUAGGCGGUUUCAACCGACCUCUUAGUCCCUGA